AAUAUAUAUUUUUAUUUAAAAAAUAAAAAAAAAAUAAACCUCUUCUCUUUACAUCUCUUUCUUAUUGAAUAAAUUUUGAAUUGAGUUUUUCAUACAUACAUGUACAAAGUAUGUACAUGUAUGUACCAUAUACACCUUUAAUGUACAUAUGGUUUCGUUCGUUUUUCGUUCAGUUGCCGACGACGACUACGAAUCAACGAAACAGAGACACACCGAAGAGGGAUGGGAGGGAGGGAUUGGGAGGGGGAGGGGGGUUGAGAAGAGCGUUGCGAAAAUAGCUACAUCGCCGCGAAGCAACGAUUCAUUCGUUGAUUCUCUUUCGUGAAGAAAGGAUGUACGGGCCGGUUGUAGCCGAAUGAAUCCGUGUACAUCACCGCUACUAACACCCACGCACAACAACAAUUCACGUGGUGCCGGCGCACUUCCACCUUCACCUCCACCCCACGGUAAACUGGCACUGGAAUCGCACGGCCUUCAGCUCUUGGAAAUGGGCACCAAGGAGCAGGACUAUGACGAGCUGCGCGACUUGCUUCAGUCGUGGGACGUUGCCGAUCUGCUUCCCCACCUACAAGAUGAAGCCAUCAACGUGGACGAACUGCAGAUGAUCAAGAGGCACCACCUAUCGGAGCUGUUGAGAAACUUUCGCUUCGGCACUCGGAUUCGCUUCGAGCAUCACCUGGAGCGGUGGCGCCGCUGGCUGAACGUGCCCCUGCAGGGCAUGCAGGGUCAAGGGGGCGGCAGCCACUGCAGCGGCUGUCGGUGUGGGGAGGUUCUCAUACAGAACCAGCCCGUAGCCUGCCAGCCGGCCCAGAUGGCCGUGGCCGAGUUGGACACAAAGACCGAGGACCUGACCCCAACGGACGGUCCAGCCGAGUCUCUGGUGGCCCUCAGCGAGCCACCCCCUGACAUAUCCCCAGCUUACCAGCCACGACCACAGGCGGUGCAGAGUGAUCCGCCUGAGAUGCCGAUGGGAACGCCAACGGUGGCCAGUGAAGUGGUUGCCACUGACGGAGGGUCUCCGGAGGACCGGGGUGUCUCCGUGCUGGGCAUUCUGCAAUCGUCGGGCAUGAAGGCCCAGUCCCUCCUGGCCUGCCUGGGACAGAACGAGGCACUGGAUGCUGUGCAGCGCCUCCUGCUGAUUCAACUGAUCUGCGGCUACUACGAGGACAACCAGCUGCACUUGACGCUCCAAAGGAGUCACCUGCUAGAGCGCGAGAUCCUGGAGCUAUAUCCGCGGGAACAGCUGCAGUUCUAUCGCACCGAGAGGCGUGGCAAGAUCUAUGUGAGAUUCACCAACAUGAAGAGGAACAAGAGGUUCAAUAGCUCCCGCCAGGACCUGAAGCGGAGGAGGAACGAUCUCGCCAAGCCAGAACCGACGACUCAGUCCCGGGCAUCCUAUUCGAAUGUUAAAGAAAGUGGACAGUAUGGAACGGAGCAAGUCUUCAGUGCAGAUGGUUCGGAAUAAGAGUUUUCAAAAAGCAUUAAUUUUGAAUAAUUUUUUUUAGUUGCAAAUUAAUGUUUUUUGAAUGAAAAGUUAAAGUGCAAACUGUAAACUGUAAACUAAGAUUUGUAUUUAGAACAAUGUAAUAUUUUUUCAUCCAAAAUAUUGUUAGUUUGUAGGGUAUUUAAUGGGUCGACGCGAUCCGCCGACUGACGAUAUUAAAUAGCAAUUGAUUUUUGUUACUCA